UUGUGCUCCGUGGAUUUCGAACAGGUUGGAAAUCUGACAAAGUGAACGAAACACGGGCAGAGAGAAGAAGCAGCUUAGGCCUGACUGAGAGUAAACUGGAUAACAAGCGUAACCGCUGUUCAUUUACAUAUAUAUAUAGAUAUAUAUAUAUCUAUAUAUGCGCCCAAAGAUAGCUUUCACUUUGUUGAGGUUACUUCUGUAAGAAUCGAAAUUGUUGAACUUGUUCAAGGAGCGUAACGUGCCCUCUCACGCGUCUGGUUUUUACCGAUUUUGUGAAUCCAGUUCUGCUCGAAGAUGAAUUCCUUGGGCAGUUCUUCCAAAUGGCCAUCUUAUGACUCGCUAACCUCCACCUCGAGCUUUCUCUUCAGUGAGAGUGAGCAGACUGAGGAUGAAGCAGACGUCUUCUCAGAGGGAGAAGGAGACAGUGGAAUAACAAAGUCCCUCUCAGGGGAUGAAGAGAUCACACUCUCUGGAAAUUACCUUGCUUUCCCAGCUCAUUCAGAUCAGCUGCACUCGAGGUCUGAGAGCGACCAGCCUGAGCGCUGCCCUGAUGAAACUAAGCAUCUCGCCCCAGCCUCUUCGCCUGCAGCUGCCAAGUUAGGCUCAUCUUCAGCGACACAAGGGGACCUGGCCUUCGCUCAGAAAUGUGCAGAUUUGCGGAGGUUUAUCUGUCCUUUGCUUGAGCUUCUACAUGGACUAAAGACCGGGCGAUUUGACAAAGGACUAUCAAGUUUCCAGCAGAGUGUUGCAAUAGACAGGUUGCAGAGGAUUCUUGGAAUUAUACAGAGGCCUGAAAUGGGUGAGAAAUACCUCCAAAACCUGCUGCAGAUAGAGAUGAUGCUCAAAAUAUGGUUCCCUCGGGUGGCAUUUCAGUCCACAGAUAUACCAAAACAGACCACCACUCCCAGACUCCGACCACACUGGCGACAAAAUCAGCUCCACAUGCCAGUUAAGAAGAGAAAGCUGAGCUGGUCAGACCCCAAAGACUGCAGCGAGGUCCCAACCAAGCAUAAGCACUAUCAACAAGGGAGCUGCCUGGCUGCGACUCCUCUUAACACCGUCUCCACGUGUUUUCCUGGAUCACCUAAAAAACCGAGCGCUCCAGAGGAAGAAAGCGUUGAAUCAGCUGAGGAACACAAGUUUACAUUCAGCAUUGGCACUUUAAACAGGCCGUCAUAUUUAUGUAUCAAGAUAGAAAAGCGGUCUGAGAGUUCCCUGCCCUCCCCUUGUGAAAGCCCUGCUACACAGGACAGCUCAGUGUCCUCAAGCGACAUCAUGACAACAAGCGACAACUGACUCUCCUUAGCUGGCCUUAGCUGGCCUUGCUACCACAUGGAGGUGCCAUUGCAUGCCAGCCAGAGUGACGGCAUCGGACGCACUUGAUUGCAUAAGGGUAAAGUUUGGCACAGAGCCAGGCUGUAAUGGCUGUAAGGCAUGUAAACCAGAAAAGGAGGAGGAGGAGAGAAACACUCAUUAACCCGUAACUGUCCAGUGCGGUUUUUGAUUACACGGUUAUUGCACUCUAUUUACUUUUACUAAGUUAAAAAGAUGUUGGAAAUACUUUACAUGUGGUAAUGUGUAAAAGCAGUCAGUGCUCAGUUUUGUAAUUUUUCAUUUUGUGGGACGCUGCCCUAACGGUAGAGGAUUUCAUAACACUGGUGAAAAAUAGAAAGAACAUAUCACUUAUGAAAGUGAGAAAAUACAGAGGAUCAUUGCUAACCCUAAGCAUUAGUCGUCGGUAAAAUUUAUUUUUCAAGCAAAAAUGCCCAAAAUGUACUGGUUCCAGCUUCUUAUGUGAGGAUAUGAUGGGAACUUGUGAUGGCCAUUGUUCACUAUUUUCUUAGAUUUACUACAUUUUAUAGACUAACUAAUGAAAUGGUGAAUCUAGGAAAUAAUUUGCAGCUUCAUUUUUAAUGAAGAUGUACAAUUUAUAAAAUAAAUAAAUAAAUAUGAACAUAGAUGGUUAAGAAUUUAGGAAAGUUAAAAUUGUAUUUUGCCAGCUGAUUUGAUUGUAACAUGGUGACGCAAAGGCACGUAGCUGCUGCCAAAAUGUGCCAAACAAAACUGUUUUACAUUAUCAUAUAGCACCUUACUUCAAAGUCAUUACUUAUUUAUGAGCAGUUAACAUACAUGCACAUUUUUGUUUCUAUGUAAAUAAGAAUAGAUUGCAAUUAUUAUAGUAAAAGAGUAAAAUGAUGCACAGAAAAUACCACAACCUCAUUGAUCAAUAAUCAUUUUGUACUUGAGAAAAUAUGAGAUGCUUGGCAGGAUGUGAGAAUGAGAAUUUUAAGUCACUUUUUUUAUAUUAUAGAACACGCGUAAUAUAUUUGAUCCUACAUUGGAAUAGAUGUAACUGCAUUUUGGAUGACAAUGAGGAAAUGUUACACAUUUGUUGAUAUCAAAGAGUUGUACAAUUAUUUAUUAAAGACCUGUUUUAAGACAAUCAAUACUUGAAAAUGUUGAUUCCAUAGACAGAUGGAUGCUUUACAGGUACUUGAAUCAGAGACCUAAUUAGACUAAAUUUAGCUCAUUUCCAGGCUGAUAGUUCACACUCAAAAUGCCCCAAAUGCAAAGUGUCAUCAGAAAGAACAGCUUCUGUGUCCCAUUUAAAAUGGAUUUGUAUUACAGACUUGCUGUUAUAAAAUGUAUUAAAGUACGAUACUAUUGAUUAUGUAAUACAGGAUAUCAUGGAGAUGUGAUAAACAAAACUAUUUCCAUUCCAGAAAUCAGAAGCAUUUGGCCAUUUGCAGCACUAUAUUUUAAAUCAAAUAUCGUUCAUGUUGAAUGGUGUUUCAUCUCUGGUGGUUUGACACCAGUCAGCCUUACUUAUAUGAUAGACAUACAGGUAACAAUAAUAUUGCCUGAAAUUUGAUCAUCAAUCAUACAAAGAGUGUUAUUUAUUUAAUGAUGGUAUCAUCUCACCACAUAUGUCAUUGCAAACCAAAUGUGCUGUGUAGAUGUAAUAAAUCAUUUUCAUUGGUGCUGAGUUAUGUUAUUUAAAAUGGAAAAAGUGUUGGAGAAGUGUAGUGUGGUUUUGGUAUAUGAAAUGUAGCAUCCUACAGUAGCUAUAGGGUUUGCUGUGCUAUGUUACACAACUUUCAUUUGUGAAAUAGGAAAAUAAAACUGGAAUAACAGUAAAAAUCCUAUUUCCUUGUUGUAUGUCUUCAAUUGUUCUUGUUUUUAGUUUCCUUUUGUUUAGGCUAUUUCUCUGUUUCUUAUAAUGAAAAUCUCAUUAUUGAUGAUUGAUUGAUAAAUGCACAUAUUUUUAUAUAUUAAA